AUGAAGAAAACCACCCAGGCAGCCCAGUACUGGAGUGCACUGGGAAAAAUGAGCAGCUCCGAGCAUGCGACCGUCGUCCGUACGCUUCUCAAGUCAAUGGAUGAAGCCAACAUCCUCCACAAGCCCAUGAAAAUGGACGGCGUCCGCGCGGCCUUCGAUGAAGGCAUUCUCCUCAACAUGCGGGAGAUGCCUAGCACCGUGCAAGUCGCUUUCUUCAAAAAUCCGACACAGUGCUUCGAGGCCCUGUACAAGAUCGCCACGUUGAUCAAGGGCACCUCCCAGGUGCGAAAGUACUACCUCGACACGGCCACACACCUCCUCCACGACGAAGAAAUCGUCUUCAUCUCCCCCGACUUCACCAGAUGGACCGGUCUCCGCCUCUCAGACUUCCUCACCUACAAGUACGGCCUCCACAAGGAUGGGGCCGUUGACGAGCGCCUUCUCGACUACGAGAAGUUUGUCCGAGCCCUCGUCAACGCUUGCGGGUACGACACCCGUCAGCACCACGUCUCCCUCUGGCACACCAUGCCCACCUCGACGAACACCUACCCCGGCGACAACGAGCACAAUGCCGUUACUGACGCCGAGUCCUGGGUCUCGGCCAUGAUCGAGGAGCAGAACCUCCUUCAGGACGAGAAGGCUCCACUCGAGUUCCACGUGGCCGAGCUCCACGGUGAGUAA